AUGAGCAACAAUGAAGCCCCCGGGAGGAGCGAGAGCUCUUCCUCGAACCCCAUCCCUCCCCCCGUCGAGGGAAGCCCACGCCGCCGCCGCGGCGCUGCCAACCCCCGCGGCCGCGGCUCUCCCCCGCAGAAUCCCUUGGAAUUGGCCCUCUAUAACCAGCCCCCGCCCCGCACUCCUCCCACCAUGGGAACGCCCGGCCGCACCGCUUACUGGGCCCCGCCCCCACCGCCGCCUCAGCAAUGGCCGUUCCCGGGCCCUAGCCACGGCCACGGAGGCUUUGGCUCUCAGGCUAUCCCCGUAGGGGGCGGUGGUGGGAGCGGCAGUGGAGGCGGGGGCAUCCGUAUUGGAGGCGGCGCUGCGGCCAGGAAGAGAAACCGUGACGGUGGGGCCGGCGGUGGAGCAAGGAACCAAGAUGCGGCGGGUGGUGGCGCAGGCGGCGAUGGAUACCAUUACUGUAGUGUCUGCCAAAAAGGCUUCAGCUCUACGAAAGCCCUCUUUGGGCACAUGCGGUCCCAUCCGGACCGAGGUUGGAAGGGCGUUCAUCCGCCGCCAACAUUUAGAGCGGAGGAGGAGUUCGCAGACCUCCAUAUGGCGGGAGAUGUGGAAGGUGCAGAAGAUGCGGGAGACGAUGAGGAGAACUUUAGAGUGCCGGACUUGAACCAACCGCCGCCGGAGGAUUCCAACUGA